UCGUCAUUGCAGGAAGGGAGCGCUGGGUGGGACAGAGCCGGCGGGAUAAACAGCGAGCGGCGGGGCAGACAGAGAGCGGCGGCCGUGCCCGGGACUCGGUCUCCAGACCCCGUCUACAUUCCCCCGCCCCCCUGCACCCGGAGCGCUUGUAAUCAGGGUCCCGGGCGGAGCUGGGAACUGGCUGAUGUUUGAGGAGAUGCGUUGAGGAUGGGAGCCGCCUCUCUUCUCCCCCACCCCAGUCUCCCCGGCCCGGCUCCCCCCGGGACUUGGGGCGUCUGGGUGCAGGAGCGGCUGGGAAGCUACCUGGCGAUCUGGGCUGUGUCUCAACUGCUGUGGGUAACCGCGCACAUCAUGAUGAUCUAUUUCCGUUGCAAACGGAGUCUUUGGAAGCACGAGUCCUUGUUUUGUGUCAUCUAUGCUUUUCUGGGCAAUGUGUGCAACAUGCUUGGGGCACUUCUGGCAAAUCAGCUGAGUAUCCAGGUUUUUACAGCAGCUUAUAUGGCAGCCGUGGACAUUCUCCAUUUUGUGUUGAUUCUGUUCCCCGUUUGUGGCUCAAGGUCAAAAUCAGGGCGAUCGAGACGCAGGAGGAAGAGGAAGGGACGGACUACUCUGCUCCUAGUUUGCCUGCCUUUUGUUGCGGGCACAGGUUACUACCUGUGGCCUUCUCCUGUUGGUCUGGUGGAUGUCCAUGGCCCAGGGAGGAAGUUACUCACCUCGUUACUUCAGGAUGGCACAGAAAUCAUUGGAUAUGCACUGGGUGUGACUGCGAUUUUAAUUGGCUGGACAUCAAAGCUACCUCUUGUGAUAAAGGCGUCAAAGGGGCAGAUUACCGACUGCGUCCAAAAGAGUUCUCUGAUCAUGACGAUGUUGGCCAGCGUGUUCUACGCAGUGGCCAUUCUCAGUUGGGAUAAAACGCCUGCAUACAUCAUGCGAGCUGUGCCCUGGCUGCUCAUCUACCUAGGAGGGGCCGCUGUGGACAUCUCUGUGCUGUACCUGCUGUGCCUGCUGAGGGAUAAAGGCACUCGGCAGAAGUGGGGAUUAGAGAUGAUGGUGGAAUCAGACACCGCCUCCCUGCUGGCACCACCUGGCCAGCAGGGGGCAGACGAUGAGCUGCAGACUGAGACACAGAGCACGGACUGGGUGCCGCUCAACAUACCUCAGAACAACAGAUACCUACGCAAGAUGGCAGAAAUAGGCCACUACCUGGAUCUGAGCAUUGAGCCCGUUCAAGAGAUUGGAUUUGGUAUUAAGAGAUUACCCGGAGAUGGGCAGAUAUGUAUUGGGAGAAAGUCUAAAAUGGACGGCUUGCUUGUCCAUGAGCCUCCAACAUUCCCUCCACAACACGUCAUCCACGCAAAUGUGCCGUCUUCCUGCAGCUCAUCCGAUGACACUUCCAUCAGCUCCGAACUUGAACAAAAGUACUUGGAGGCCCUAAAUUCAGAACAGUGGGAUUUUGAAGACAUGCCGGAACGUUGGAGGAUGAGUAAGGAGACAGAAGAGAAUUCCUUACGACACAGCCCAGGGAGUGCUGGAAUCAUCACUGAAGAGAGAACCUCAGCAAUUUUGGCGCAAUAUGAAGAAGAGGUAAACGGGACUGGACAAAGAAAAAAAAGAUCUUGAUUACUUUAAUGUAAAUAAAUGACCUUUUUUGAUAAAAAUGUGCAUCUUUAAA